GCGGGGGUGGCGGGUGGGUCAGAGCUAGACGGGGGAAGCAGCAGGUGAAGGAGGCUGGGGGAGCUGCAUCGGCUCCUUACUUGGACUGGAACUGGGAACAUGCAGCGGGAGGGGGCGCAGGGGCACUGGGGAUGGGCAGCACCACAGAAACUAUGGGUGAGGGGCUGGGAGGCGGGCCCAGCCUCGGUUGACAGCAGGAGCCUUGGGUUCAAGAAGUCGGGGGACAGGGACGAGGUCACAGGGGGCAGUCAAGGUGGAGUGGGGGGGUCUCUUACUUAAAUGAGCAUGGAGUUCCCAGGUGAGGAGGCCGGUAGUUCUGAGUACUGGGGACCCUGGCGUAGAUCAGUUUUGGGGAGUUUUGAGAGUGAGCGGUGCUUGGGGUGAGGAGUACUGUCCAGUCUGAGCUGAGAGUGUAACAGCUGGUUGGAAUGGGAUAUAUUCUGGUGGAAAUCUGUUCCUGAAGGGCUGGAGAAACAUGGGGCAGUUGAGUCUGGCCAACGCUGGUCUCCAUCAAUGGGAGUAGUUUUUUGGAUUGGGUGAGAAAUUCUGUGAGAAGAGGAUCUGCAGGUGAGAGAUUUUUAGGGCACUGCCUGGCCAAUCUGAACUGGAUCAAUAUUGUGGGAAAUCUCGGUGUGUAGCCAUAUUGGAUUAAAAAUGGUGAGAGAUGUGGACAAGAAGCCAGCUUUUUUUGGAUCAUUGCUGAAAUAUCUCUUGAGGAGAUCUCAAGUGGGAUCAAUCCUGGGUAGGCCACAAUGAGAGAGUGCAUAAGGUUCAGCCUAACCAGCCCAGACUGGAUCAAGACCAGUUUGUGGAGUCACAGAGAAUACUGGCCUAGCUGAAUUGGACUGGAGUAAUAACAGUGCACUCACAGUUGGCCUUGUGCAACAGUGUCAAACCAUCCAUGGACGUGACAGGACCUGUAUUCCUCCACGGCUGCCUCCUGAAUGGGUCACCACAUUAUUUUUCAUCAUUAUGGGAAUCAUUUCACUGACUGUCACAUGUGGCUUGCUAGUGGCUUCCCACUGGCGAAGAGAAGCUACUAAAUAUGCCCGCUGGAUAGCAUUCACUGGAAGGUUUGGUAUCCAGAAGUGGCUGAGAAUCAUGGGAAGAUCUUUGGGAUCCUGGCUUUAUAGUCACAGUGCUGAUCACCUGCUGCAGCCCCAGGGUAGAGGAAGAAAGAAGUACACCUCCGGAUCAUGCCUGGGAGGCAGACCAGAGUACCCAGUGUCAUGGCUCUAUGGCCCUCAUUAUUCCAAGAAAGGAAAUUUUCAGUGGUCCUAUUCUGUAUGGCAGCCCUAAUAUUUCCAAUAGGAUUUUACAUCAAUGAAGUUGGAGGUCAACCAUAUAAAUUGCCCAACAACACAGUGGUUGGGUCCUCAUAUGUACUGUUUGUUUUAUCCAUUUUCUUUACAAUAGUGGGACUUCUAUUUGCUGGCAAAGUUUGUCUACCUGGCUGAUGAAUAUGUGAACUGCAUGAGUUUGUUUCAGAGGAGAGCAAGACAUCAGAGCUGCAUUCUCAAGAGAGCCUAGAUCAGACUAUCAAAAUGCUUACUGAAAAGAGAAAUACUUUGACUUGUUCUCAUUAUGCACUUUGGAAUAAAAAGAGAGAGAGCCUUUCCCAUAACCAAAUACAGACAUCGUUGACUAAUCUCCUGAGCAUAAUAAUGCAGUCAGGUCUGCACUGUGAUAGGGACUAGUGAAGAAGAAUGCUUUACACUGAGAAGCAUAUUGCCCCAUGUUACUGUAUCUGUUUUUAAUGUCUAACAAUUUGAAAAUCAAAAUAUUUAUGAACCUUGUGGUAGACUAGAGGAUUGCAAAGGAGUUAAAGUGAGGCUGGCCUCACAGUUUAGGAGAUUAGCAUUUUACAUCUCUCUUCAGAUGGGCAAAGCCUUUGGCACCAAAUGAAUCCAUCUUGCAUUACUGCACCAAGAAGCCAAUAGAUCGAAAUAUGUUCUUUACAAUAUGCGUAACAAGAAAAAUUACAUACAUCUCCCUUCAGCUAUAGAAAAACACUAAAAAGCUUUUUUGAGGGGAGAGGGGUAUUCUUCCAUAUAAUAUAUUACUGAUGCAGUAUACUGUGUGUGUGUAUAUAUGUGUGUGUGUAUACACACGUACACAUAAACGAUUCCUGGAAGAUAACUCAGAACACUUUGCUAGCAGAACACUGUGGUGUGCAAAACUAGGACUCAAUAGAAAAAGCCAUUUCUCUGAAGGCCACAUAGCUGAGAGUCUUCAGUUUACCUCAUUCUUUGUAGCAGCCCUUGAUUUUAACAGGUUUUUGUAAUAGGUACAAAAAAUCCCAUGUCUUUCUAGGUGCAAUUUUAAGUUAAGCUAAAAUUCUUUGUAUUGUAAUUUAUUUGUAUAUGAGGGUAAAAGGUGAGAUCACAUCAUACCUUAAAGUUAAAAUCCUAAUUUUGGGAAACUGACACUAUUUAAAUUAUUAGCAACUGUUGUACAGGGAGUCUCUUUUCUACUGCUUUGUUUGUUACAUUAACAACGGAUUUAUUUAUACAUGUUCAAGCACAGCAAAUUACCAUAGGUGAAUUUCUCUAAUGCAUAUAACAUUCAGUGUUUAGGUCAACAUGUGAACACACUAUUCUGUAGUAAAGUUGGAUGAAUUUAUUCACAUGUGAGUAUUAAGUCAAUUCAUCUUCUUUACCAAAAAAUGAGCAAUAUAACUAUUUUUAAUGUCUAUAUGCCUUGUUUACUAAAGUCGAUGAUAAAAAAUGUGGGCAUAAGGAUCAUCUGAAUUGAGAGUGUAAGUUUCCCCUAAAAUCAUCAUUUUUUUAAACCCAAGAACCUGGGAUCCAUGGAUAGUGAGAUUUUUCAAUAUUCACUUUGUUUGAUUUUUAUUAGCACAAAACUUUGAAAUCCCAGAAAGCUUGCUUGCAGGAUCAAGCCCUUAUUCCCCAGUUAACAUGUAUUCUUUUUGUGAGAUAGUAUUGACAAACAUAAUUCUUUUCAGCAAAUAGAUUAUCCAAAUGUACUCAAGAAAAAAGCUGUUUUACUUAAGCCUAUGUUUUUGUAAGGCAUAAGUGAAACUGGGUGCAUUUUUCUGUAAGAAUGAUUAUAUUGCUUCUGAAAUGUAUCAUUAUUUUGGAAAAAACAGCUAUCAUGGCAGAAAGUGUUAGAAAUGAGAUACCUUAUACCCAUGUGGGGAACCUGAGGCCUGGGGGCUGGAUGCACCCCCGGCUUGCUUGGGUCCCCCAGCAUUGGGGAGAUUGUGCUGGUGCUCCAGUCCUCCCCCCCCCCCGCCCGGCAGGGCUGAAGCUCACAAUCUACUAGGCUGGGCUCCCCUAGACUCUGGUGUGUGAGGAGGAAAAUGGUAUUUUUUGGCUUCUCACUUGUGUGCGGCCCCAAUCCAAAAAAGGUUCCCCACCCCUGCCUUAUACAAUUACAGUAUCUUGAACUGUGUGCCAUCAGAAGUAUUUUAGCGAGGAAAAAUUCACUGAUUAAUAUAUUGGAUCACUUUCUGAUGUUUGUUUAAAAAAAACCCUAUCACUUCACUGACGGGCCCAAGGAAGCUUUCACAUCAAAGCCUUUCAGUAAAAGAAUAUAUAGUCAGAUUCCCAUCUGGACCUGCUAGUUCAAAUUUGAUUGGUUUAUAAUUUAGAUCCUGAUUCUGCAGUCAUAGCUGCACAGGAAAUCUAGAGCUUCAUUGACAUCAAUGGAGCUCUGUAUAUGAAAGCAAUCUGGAUGGAUCCAAUUGUAGGAUAGGGAGGGUAGUGUCUAAAUUUGCAUUGUCAUCAGACUGGUGGUAUAAUAGGUUAAUGAACCAUAGCUCACUUAUUAAUUUGAUAAGCUAAUAACUUUGUAUCCAUCAGUCUUACUGUAAAUAGCUCCCUAAAAUAUUUUCAACUGGAUCACAGACAGUGGGAGUGGGGAGAAGAGUUUCUCAGCUGCUAAGAAUUUUUCCCCAUGUUUACUUAUUUCAGUUAGUGACAUCCUGUAUUAUAAUAAUAAUAAUAUUCAUUUAAGCUUAUAUUUACAAUGUAUUACCAUUUAAUUAAAAAUUGUGGAGCAUAUCCAGUCCAUAAAUGGCUCGCUGGAACCUUAGUGGGUUAGCCAGUUCUAUAAAUCAUUAAAGACAGCAAAGCUUCAGCUAGCAGGCUGUUUUAGUUAAUAUUGGGGCAUUUCAUUCUAGAAAUAGAUGAUCCAUUUGCAUUUUAAAAAAAGGUCCUGGUAAGCGUAAAGAGACAGCUGUCAAUAGUUGCUUUGUAAUAAGGUCACUAAGUACUUAUACAGUACAGUAUUAAUUUAUAGCAGAAAAUCAUAUCUUGUAAACUGUAUAUAAAACACUGUUCUAUGGUGCAAUCAUUUGUCAAACUUAUGUCUGUUACUUUUGUUUUAAAGUUGUGUGCAUUAUUUUCAUACCUAAGAGCAUCACUGUAAAAUCUGCUGAAUACUAUUUAUAGGUUUUAUUUGCACAAGGAUUAGUUUUUAAACUACAGGAAGUUCCUGUUGAACAUGCCUAAACAUCUGUAUGAAUCUUCUCCAAAGGUAAUCAAUGUUACAUGUUUAAGAAUGUUUUUCAGACUUUGCCAGUCGUUUUAUAUAUUUCUGAAGGACAGUUUAGUCUGUAAUAGGUCACAGCACACUUGUUUAGUCUUCAUUAUCACCUGAAAGGUUUAAUGUUAUGGCAUAAUGCAAUUUAUGUAUGCAUUUUGUUGUUUUGUUUGGUUAUGUUCAAGUCCUAAUCAGAAACUUAAAAUACUUUAAAAACAAAAACUAUAAAUGUGUAUAACUUUUCUCGAAGACAUAUGGAAUAACUCACUAGAAGCUUUUGUAGUUUCUCUGUGGGGCAGUGUGUUUCUCUGAAAGCAUUUACAAACCCAUUCACCAUUUGAACUUUCAUUUCUGAGCCUCUGAGCAUUUAACAACUGAUCCACAAUGCUAGUAUGGUGUAACAGCUCUCAGACUUAAUCCUGCUCCUGCCUUUACUCCAAGGAAAACUCCCAGGCGGUGACUUUAAAUGGGUGCAGGAUUAGUCCCCCUCUCCUUAUACCGGUACUGCUGUUUCAGAGCCUCCGUGUAAAGCGUUGCAGCCCGCCCCGGGUAUGUCCCUUCACCAGGAAACAUGGCUAAACUCCAGGCUGGCCUCUGCAAACGGCGCGAAGGAAGGAAAAGAUGAAGGCAAGAGGUGUCUGCCACUCGCUCGCCCGGCCUCGGCGGUAGCGGUCCUAGGCGCAGGAUGCCUGUGCUGCGGCGGCGGCGGGCUCCUCCCCGCCCGGCGCUGAUCGCCUGCCCUGCUCCUACAGACUGUGCAAACGAACAGACUUUUCUUCACUUGUAUUUUUGUUAUCGAGCAAAUUUAUCAAAAAUAAAUUGUCUACGAAAGGCCUGGCCCCGUCUGCGCUGAUUGCGAGCCCCCUGCCGCUCGGAGCGUACCACUGCUCGGCGUGAGGCUGGACCCCCCCCCCGGCGGGGAAUAGUUCCUCCCGUUUCUAUGGCGACGCGCUAACACACGGCUGGGCCGGAGGCGGCUGCUCCCCUGUUCUUCCCUGGCCAGCGGGGGUGAGGCCGAAGAGCAGAGGGGGGAGGGGAGCUGAGCUCGAACGGGCUCACCCGCCUGCCAGGGCUCAGAUGCUUCACCCCCUGUGACUGCGCAGCUCCCGUGUCCCUGCCCGGGACUCGCGGGCUCGCCGAGGCGGCGCCCUUCUGGCCCCCUGGGCGCUGAGGGUACCAGGCCCGCCCGGAUCGGGCUCUUGCCUCGGAAGAUCGGCCGUGCGGCAGCGGCUGUCAGAGCGCGGCGUCCCAGGAGCUGAACAGCCAACACACAGUUUCCCAGCAAUUUUGGACACACAUUUUAUUGGAUAGAACCCUUGAUGAAUGACUUCUAGCAAAAUGAUGUCCACGUAUAUUUUUAUGUAAGAACAUUACAUAUUUGGUCAUAAAUCCAAUGGAUGCCCAAACCAGAAAAAUGGCUCAAUUAUUGGACAAUGAUCAGUUCUUGGAAAAAGUAGGUGUAAGCAUAGGACCUGGCACAGUUCCCGUGAAAGGCCGACCAUCCUGGCAUGAUAUUACAAUAACUGAUUUGGAGCCUGAUAAUGGUUUACUGGUUACGCACAUCAACCAGACGCAAGACCUACUGGUAAACAAAUACUCUUACUAAAUGUAGUAAUUCCUCAGCUGAUGUAUGCUUGCAUUAAAUAUAUAGAAGGGAAUAUAUGAGGAGACAGAAAAUUAAUGUUCUAUGUCCCAUAUGCACCCCAGAAAAGAACACAGUGAUUUUUAUCACCAGAUCUACAGUGAAUAGAGGCAACUUUUCUUGAGGAGGUCUGUGUACCAGCAGAAAGUACAAAAAAGGAAGCUGAAGUCCCAUGAAGUGCAAACCACAGAAGAAUGGCUUAGAAAUCACAGUUUAGAAUCCAUGCAAUUAACAUUAGAAGAUCUCCUAAGAGAGGGCAAUAUUGUCUUGAAUGCAAGAAAUGCCACAGAACAGAUAGCAUUUACUGCCAAGACAAUUGUACAUUUUGAAUCCAAGCUUUCUGAAGCAAUUGAACUUUAUCACCAACGAAUACAGUGGUUGUUGACGGACAGCAGAAAGGUGUUUGGCCUUAUAAAAGGGAACAAAGUUGGACUCCUGGUUGAUGUUUCUGAUACAAGUUGUGGACUUCAUCUAUUCCAGUUCCAGAAAGACCUUUUGUGUCUAAUAGAUGAGCAGCUGUGCUAUAAGAAGCAAUUAUAUUUCCUCUCCUUUGGUGCUGAAAUUUCAUAUUUGUGGGAGAAUCCAACAAAUGUCAAUGUGCAUGUCCUACAUGAAGCAAGACAGUGGGUUCAGGGGCUGCAACCCAGUGGAGGCUGCAAUUUGCUGAAAGCUUUAAAGAAGGCCUUUACAAUGAGGGAACUGAAUUCAUUGAUUCUUAUUGUAGGAAGCUGCCCUGAUCAGUCUUUGGAAAUAUUGUCUGAUUAUAUUCAGCAAUGUACAUUGGGAAGAAAGCUGCUGAUACAUACCAUUACAUAUGAGUGUAGCAAUCAUGUUCCUCCUGCUGUUUUAAAGAACCUUGCAGAAGUUACUGGAAGCCGUUAUCACUGCUAUUCUUCAAAGAGUGAGAAUUAUGUUAGUAGUGAUGUUUGUCCACUGCUUCAUGAGUCCCAGAGAGCUAAGAAUAUGCUCAGCAGCAUCAAAGAAAUUUUCCAGAGAAGGAUUGGUGAUUCAAUUAUUGGUAGAGUACAAGAUAUUUCCACAGAAUUUACCAUGUUGACACCUGCUAGUGGCCUACCCAAACCUCCAAAGCAUGAAGGACCUCUUGUUAUACAAGUUCCAAGCUUCCUGGCCAAAACCUCUGGUGGCUGGUUAAAGACAAAUGGAUUAAAAGCCAAGAAGUUAAGCCUUUAUCAAGUUUUGGCUCCUAACGCUUUUUCACCUGUGGAAGAAUUUGUGCCUAUUCUACAGAAAACAGUGUCAUCAACUCUGCAUGAGAAAGCAAUGAUGCAGUUUGAAUGGCAUGAUGGGACUGUGAAAAACGUUCAUGUGGAUCCACCAAUAUUAUAUGACUAUCAGAAACAACUUGAUAAAAUGGUGAGAAUGUAUGAGAGGCGAAUAGACUGGCUUUCUGUUGCAAGCAGAAGAAUAUGGGGAACUGUUUGUGAACAGAGAGUUGUUAUACUUGUUGAUAUCUCAAUAACAAAUUCGUUAUACAUCAUUCAUAUACAACAUUCCUUGCGACUUUUACUUGAAGAACAAAUGUCAAACAAGGAUUUCUUCAAUAUUAUAGUGUUUGGAAGUGACAUCAAGUCUUGGAAACCAGAAAUGGUUCCUUCAAAUCCAGAAAAUUUACAAAGUGCCUGGAGAUGGGUGUUGAGCCUUCAGAGCAAAGGCAGUAGAAAUUUCAUGAGUGCUCUAAGAAGAGCAGUGGAAAUAGACUUCAAAGAUAAAGACAAACUUGUAUCUCAAGGACUUUAUCUACUUAUCACUGGAGUUCCUGACCAGGAGAUGCAUGCUGUUAGUGCGUAUGUGGCAGAUGUCUGUGGAGGCUGUGAUUUGCAGCUGCAUGUCUGUCUGUUCAGUGUACAUGGUUUUGACUCCAGUGGCAUUAUUCCAUCCCGCUAUGCCAGUCCACAUGAGACUGCCAACACAUUUAGAGAACUAGCGCACGCUGUCAAUGGAAGGUUUCAUUGGUUUGGAGAAACAGGAAUUUAUGAAAGUGAUGAUAUCAGUAUCAUUGUGUCUGAAAUGGAAAAAGCAGUCAAUUAUUCCCAAAAGUGUGCCUUGCUGGUGGAAUCCUUAAAGCAGCGUUCAGGAACUCAGUUGGUUAAUCAGUUUAUCCCAGAAGAAGACUUAAAGAUGCUUUUGAAAAAAGAGCCAGUUAAAGCACAGAAAUUGCUGCCUCCUAAACCUACAGCUCUCACUCUGGCUAGAAUGAAUAUUAAAGACAGUCACGAGAGGGAGAAAAAUGUUGCCUUAAGAGCUCUGAUAUGGCGUCCAACUAGUGCCAAAGCAGAAAUCCCACCACCUCAGACAAUAAAAGAAUGGCCUCAGGCCUCUGGGAAGAAGAAACAUAAAGCAAGAAAACAGCCACAGAUUUCUCUCUCAGUAUUUUAUAUUGACAAGGGGAAAAAUGUGGGUGCAGUUUACAGAAAGUAUCCAACAAAAAAGAGUGUGAAGAGGCCUGUUCCUUUUGCUAUACUGCCAAAGGAAGAGGAAAUAUGUUCAAGCAAAGAGUGGUUGAACAAGUACAGUAUAAAAAAGUUGAAGUUAGAGUUGCCCAGAAUGAUGUUUGGUCCCAACUGUGUUCACCAGAAGAAAAUGGUGGCGUCUUUGCGCAAGAAAGUGUCAGCAAAAUAUUGUGACAUCUUCCCCAGCGUAGAAAUCAAUGGUAUUGUGAAACACCUACAGUUUCAGCCUAAGGAACUAGAAGACUAUGUUGAACAAAUGGAGAGGGUGUUACAUUGCUAUAUAGGAAGAAUACAGUGGCUUCUUUCAGGAAGCCGGCGAUUAUUUGGCACCAUUUUGGAGACCAAAGUAUGCAUCUUGAUUGAUACAUCUGGUUCCAUGGAUCCUUAUUUGCAACAGGUCACAAAAGAGCUUACAUCCCUCAUCUGGGAACAGCUAAGAAAGAAUAAUGCUAGUUUUAACCUACUGAAAUUUGCAGAAGAUAUAGAUACGUGGCAGGAGUGUCUUGUAGAAGCUACUGAUGAAACAUGUCAUGAUGCUGUACAAUGGGUGUCAAAAUUUCAAGCUUAUGGUAAUACAUGUACCCUUAAGGCUUUGCAGAAAGCUUUCUCUUUUCAAGAUGUAGAAGCACUGUAUGUUCUGACAGAUGGAAAGCCAGACACCAGCUGCAAUCUGAUUCUAAAAGAAGUUGAAAAGAUUAGAAAAAAACAAAUGAUUAAAAUCCACACAAUUUCUUUUAAUUGUUCAGACAGAAGAGCUAAUGAAUUUCUGAAGAAGCUGGCUUCUCAGACAGGAGGACGCUACCAUCGCUGUGUUGGAGAUGUGGAUGGGCAGUUAGCAGCACAUAGAAUGUUGACAGAAGAGUUUGAGGAUGAAGAUGAUCCAGUUUUUCCUGUCUUUGAAGGAGAUGAUUUAAAGAAACUUGCUCAAGAAGUAGCAAAAGCCAGAAGCUUUUUAAUGCAAGCAAAAUCCUUUAGAUUGCUAUUAGAAAAGUGGAAUUCAAAUCAAAAGGACAAAUCUUUUUAAAAAAAUCCUCAGACUCCAGCUAUUCUCUUGGAUGGAUAAAACAAAUCGACUAUCAUCCUGAAAAGAAAAUUAUUCCUAUUUUUAUAUACUGAUGUCAAGAAAGAACUGUUUGCACACACAAAAUAAAGCCUAGAUAUGAAGAGGA